CUACCAAGUUGUUUGUGAACCUACAGAAUUUAAUUUCCUCUUGCUGUUGUACUAAGGAUUACUUCAUUGGAAUACUUACUCGUAUUUCGUAAUAUUAGCUGAUAUAAUGAAGAACAAAUUGGCGUACAAUUGUUUGGCGCCACACAUAUUAAAUUUACGUAUUGCUGGUUGUAUCCAUAUUGAUCGGAAAUCGCCAAAAUUGUACAAAGUUCUUCACAUUUGCUUCACCGGAGUCACUUUUGCCUGUAUCCUUGUUUAUACUACACAACAGGCAAUUAAACUCUUUGAGGUGCGAAAUGAUAUGGACAAAGUUAUGGGGACUAUGUUCUUGUUUUUAACCCAUACUGAUUCGAUUUACAAACAAGUCGUUAUGUUGUUAAGAGCGGAAGAAAUUCAAGAACUCUUCGAUAUCAUGAAAGGUUCCUUAUUCAAUCAAGGAGAGCCAGAUCACGAGAAAUAUUUCGAAGAAACAGCUUAUUAUGGCAAAUUAUUUCUACAAGCUGACAAUUAUAUGGCUUUAUGCACUUGCUUCCUUUGGGUUUUAUAUCCAUUUAUCUUGCACGUGCAAGGAAAGCAAACUGAGUUCGCCAUCUGGCUUCCUUAUGAUGGCAACCUCGAUCCAAAUUUCUACCUGACGUCAUUGUAUGUUUGGACUAUAACGUCUUGGCUCGCGUUUUGCAAUACGACCAUUGACGUCACAGUCGCUUUUCUCUUGGCACAGUGUAAAACACAACUUUCCAUUGUCAGCAAUAAUCUUGUAUAUUUCAUACAGAGGAGCAAAAAAGAAUGUUUAAUCACAAAGACCGCUUUUGCGGAUGUAGUUAGCGUACGCUUUAAAAAUAUAGUAAAACACCAUGUACAAAUUCUUUAUUUUGCUAGAAGAGUUCAAGAUAUUUUCGGUGGUGCUGUUGCUUAUCAAAUGAUAGUCAGUGGGUGGAUUAUAUGUACUUCUGUAUAUAGAAUGGUCGACGUAAAUCCAGCAUCACUCCAAUUUUGGUCAAUGGUUUUGUAUAUUUGUUGCAUCCUUCUGCAAGUGUCAAUGUAUUGCUACUACGGCAAUGAGGUCACACAUGAGAGUCAAAAGCUUAAAGAAUCUGCUUAUUUUAUGAACUGGCUGGACUCUCCCCUUAAACAUCGAUAUCAUCUCAUAUUUUUCAUGGAAAGAGCAAAAAAGCCUAUUCUACCCCUAGCAGGACUCAUUAUUCCACUUUCUAAUAACACGUUCGUUUCGAUUGUUAAAAGUUCGUAUUCAUUCUAUGCGCUUUUGAGGAGUACCGGUAAAAAUUAA